UAGAGUAUACAUUUAGAAAAUAUGUGAGUCAUAACAAGGUUUAACUUCGAAAUAUUGUUUAAUUCAUUUUUUAAAAAUAAUUUUAAUAGCUGGAGGGCUAGAAUUUUUAUGAAAAAUAUAUCAAGUUCAUGAUAAUUGUUGUACCAUUUUGAAAUGUUUUAAUCUUUCUUGUUAUUAUAAUACAGUGAGCAUAAUUUUCGAUCGAGUGAAAAAGAAAUAUAUUUGUGAACAAAGUUUAUUCUUAUAAAAAUAAUCAAUGCCUGAUAAUUCUACUUUUGAUUUGAGUUCAAGUGGUGUAAAUUCUACAAUUGAUAUCACACAAUCUUCAAAUAAUGCUGAUUUUGACGAUAAUACACCUUGGGAUACUCUUGAACAACUAGCUAAUGGCAAUUGUUAUUAUUUUUCAACACACCAAGAUGAAAAUGGUCUAAGAAUAUAUUCGGCAAGUAAUGUCAUAUUAGAUAUUUUAAAAGAAAUACGUCCACUGUACAAAGAAAUAUCCCAUAUUGCACCACAGUUUGAUUUUAAUGAAAAUACUCCCGGCAAUGGCUAUCGAAGUUUUUUGUCUCUUACUGACAAGUGUAUAUUACAUUCUAUUGAAAUCUGUCAACAAAUAUCUUCUUAUAAAACAUCAGUACUUUUUAGAAAAUCACAUUACAUGAGAGAGCUAGAAGCUUGUUCACAAUUAAUUGCAUCAUUAUGUACUUUUUUAAAUCAUUUAAAAACACUUUAUAAUUGGAGUGAGAUAACAGAUGAUGGAAAAUUGUCAUUGUUUCCAUCAGAUGAACAUAGUCCGGAAGAAUUAUUAAAUCAAGCUGGAAAAGAUAUCGACCAAUAUUGCUUUUAUGGCAGAUGUUUAGGAUUCCAGUUUGCUGACAGUAUCAAAUAUCUGCUUAAAACAAUACUUACAUUUAUGGCAUCAUUCAGUGAAGUUUACUAUAAAAAUGGAUCUUUAUUGGGUAGAUGUACUAAUUCUGUAAAAUAUAUGGUAGACCCUGAAGCUCGUGCACGUCGAAUUGUUAAUAUUUCGCAACGAGCUGAUAUACAUUUUUGUAAAACUUUUUGGCUUCUAAAUGAAACUGAAUUAGUCCAAUUUGUGCCAUUUUUGUUGAUUCCUUCUUUGAAUAUAAAUCAAAUUAUAUCAAUUCCACCAGAACAUCUUACACUUCCUACGGAAGAUGGUAAAGAGAUAACAAUACCAAUUCCUAAUAGUCAUAUUGGGAAAAAACCAAUACGUGUUAGAUUAUUAAGUGCCAAACGUAGAAUUGGAAUGGUCGGAUCAGCUCGGGUUGCCGGGGAAUUAUAUGGAUCUUCAGACACACUUUUGUUUCAUUGUCACGGAGGUGGAUUUGUAGCACAGAGUUCUAAAUGCCAUGAAAUUUAUUUACGACACUGGGCAGUACAAUUAGACGUACCUCUGCUGAGUAUAGAUUAUAGUUUAGCUCCAGAGGCACCGUACCCUCGAGCUGUUGAAGAAAUUCUUUAUUCAUAUGCUUGGGCGUUAAAACAUGCUAAUUCACUUCUUGGAAGUACAGCGAAAAAAAUUAUUUUUAUUGGCGAUUCAGCUGGAGCUAAUCUCAAUAUGGCUCUUACAACUAAAUGUUUUGAAUUAAAUAUAAGGAAACCUGACGGUAUUUUUAUGGCUUAUGUACCAGUUUUAGUUGAAUUCAUUCCAUCUCCAGCUCGGAUGCUUGGUUUGACUGAUCCAAUGUUACCAUUUGGUUUUAUGAUGAGAUGUUUAAAAGCAUAUACACUUGGUAAUGCAUCGAUACCAAAAAUUAAAGAUACUGUUGAACAAGAUUCGACGAAAUCAGAUACAGAAUCAUUUGCGGAAGUCAGCGAAAGUGAUUUAAUAGCUCUUGCUCUUAGCCCUAAUGGCGAUGAAACUAAUGAAAACAAAUUGACAUCGUUACCGUCAGAUUCGACACUUAAUUCAGUUAGUUUAGUUGAUAUUGAUCCUGCAACCCAAACAGUCAAUAAUCAAAGUACAUCACAAAAUUAUAUAAAUAAAUUUGUUAAUUUAUAUAAAAAUUUUACUUUUAAUAAACCAUCUGCAAAUAAUGGCAAUGCUCUUAAUAAUUAUGACAAUUCUGAUGCUUUAACAUCGGCAAGCUUUUUUGGAUUGACCUUUAAUAUGAGAAGUUAUGAUCAAUUAAGAGAGCUUGAUGCAGAUGAUGCUAAAAGUCCAUCUGAAGAAUUUGUUUUUACAGUUCCACGAGAUCCUCUGUUAAGUCCUUAUCGGAUUUCAGAUAAUAUUCUUAAAUUAUUACCACCAACGAAAAUAUUGACAACGGAUUUAGAUCCUUGCUUAGAUGAUUCAGUAAUGUUCGCCCGAAAAUUAAGAAAUUUGAACGUUGAUGUAUCUUUAGAUAUUGUAAAAGGAUUGCCUCACGGGUUUUUGAGUUUUUCACUGAUGUCCAAAGAUGCACAUGAAGGAUCCGAACUAUGCAUUAAAAGAAUAAAAGAACUAAUAGAUCUAUAAUAAUGAUAUAAAUGAAUGUAUAAUUGUGCUUAUAAAUUAAUUUAUGAAUCAAUAGUAAAGUAAUAUUUUUCGAAAUUUGUAAAUUUGUUCAUAGCUAUUUCACUAAAUAUAAGAUUACUUGUAUGAAAUAUUAUUCACAAUUAUUUUUUUCUACUGUGUAUAAAUAAUGCUUUAUAACACCUAAAAAUAAUCAACGUUACAUUAAAAUGUAUA